AUGCCCACGACAUCUGGGCGGCAUGUCCGUCCUCAGGAGCUGGAGAGCUGGGAGACCCCUCUGCAGGCUCUUGGUUCCUUCCAUUUUGGUGUCCCCCUGCGGGGUAGCACCUGCUGCCUGCCAUCAUCUCUGGUAAGAAGUGGUAUGGCUUCUGCUGAAAACCAUUGUCUAAAUCUGUCUGGCAUUUGCAGAAGAGACAUCUGCAAAAUCACAGAGGAUCAGAUUGGAGCCUGUAAAAGAAGAUGGAAGUGCUGUAGAUCUUGGUGGAUUCUGGUUCCAAUUCCAACCCCACUUAUCUAUUCAGAUUAUCAAGCACCCCUUAAGCAUAAAUUGAAAUGA